AUGGGAGCAGACCAGACCAAUGGUCAGCCAGCCGCGCCAAUGGCCAAUCCUGAUGACCGUGCUGCUUUGGCUUCUCGAGUUCUGCCAACCAUGACCUUGUCAACAGCUGAUAGUCCACUUACAAGACCACUCGAACCGACGUCUGCUUCUUCACCUUCUGAACGAGCACUAAAUAGGUUUCAGGUUGAGGGCAAUGCUGUUAUCACAGGCGGUAGCGGCACUCUCGCUUAUGCUGCAACACGAGCUCUGGUAGAGCAUGGAUGCUCCCAGGUCACUCUGAUGGAUCUACAGCCUUCAAUCGAAUCUGCUAAAGAGAAGAUGGCUGAGUUAGAGAGAGACUUUCCUGAUGUGAAAGUUCAUGUGGUCACUGUCGAUGUUACUGAUCAGGAAGUUGCUGAAGCAGCGUUCCAGAAAGCUGCAGAGAUUAUGGGUGGAAUAGACAUUUUGUGUUGUUUCGCAGGAAUUGUCGGUUGUGUCCAUUCUAUCUCGUCAACUGCAAAGGAAUGGAGGAAAGUCAUCGACGUGAAUUUGACCGGUUCUUUCAUUUGUGCACAAGCAGCGGCUAAGCAUAUGAUUGCGAGCAAGAAAGGUGGCAGCAUUAUGUUCACGGCUUCCAUCUCAGCACACCACGUCAACUACCCCCAACCUCAGGCAGCCUACAAUGUCAGCAAGAUUGGAGUUACUCAUUUGACCAGAAACCUGGCUGCUGAAUGGGCUGUGCAUGGUAUUCGAGUGAACUGCAUAUCUCCAGGUUAUAUGGAUACAGUGCUCAAUGAUGGCGAUAACCUCAAGGAGGUCCGAAACAUCUGGGCUUCUCGAUGUCCUAUGGGCAGGAUGGGUGACGUGGAGGAAAUCACAGGUCCGGUCGUCCUACUGAAUAGCAAAAGAGCCGGAAGAUAUAUUACCGGCACUGAUCUCAUCGUUGAUGGAGGUGCCAUGUGCUUCUGA